GGUAUUUAAUUAUUAUGGUUUGAAGUAUAAAUUGGUGUUCCUUUUUGUGUUUGAAGAGUAGAAGAAGAAGAAGAAGAAGAGGAAGAAGAAGAGGCAUGGAGAGGUGUGUGGGUUAUUUUUCUAAGGAUGAAGAGAUAGUUUGUUUUCCAUGCAACAGCAAGAAGCCAAAGAUUCUCACAAGUUUAUAUUCAGCAUGGAUGGUUGUUCUCUUCUUCAUCGUCCUUCUCUUUUGUGCUCUUCUUUUCUCAAACUCUUCAAUGGUCAGCAACAUCACAACUACUUUAACUAACUUUGCCUCCACCACUCAAGAACCAACUACCAUUCCCUUCACUUGCAACCCUGCAAACUUAACAUGUCCAUCAACCAACAUAACAUCGCACACACUCCCUCCAUCAUCUUCAUGCCCCGAAUACUUCCGAUGGAUCCACGAAGAUCUCCGGCCAUGGGCCGAAACAGGCAUAACUGAAGAAGCCGUCUUGCGUGCCAAGAAAGAAGCCGCAUUCCGUCUCAUCAUCUCAAAUGGCCGUGCAUACAUUGAUCUCUACCACCAUGUUUUCCAAACCAGAGAUAUCUUCACCAUCUGGGGCAUUCUUCAGCUGCUACAACGAUAUCCUGGCCGUGUCCCUGACCUUGAUCUCAUGUUCAAUUGCGAAGACAUGCCGGUCGUCCGGGCUGCUGAUUAUAAGGCUGUCAAUGCACCGAUCCCUCCGCCGCUCUUUCGGUACUGCAAGGAUGACAGAACUGUGGACAUUGUGUUCCCAGAUUGGUCAUUUUGGGGCUGGGUUGAAGUCAAUAUAAAACCAUGGGAAGUGCUGAUGAAGGAGAUCAAACAAGAGAAUGAGAGGCUUAAAUGGGUUGAUAGAGUGCCAUAUGCAUACUGGAGAGGAAACCCAGAUGUAGCUGGUACUCGGCACAAUCUUCUUUCAUGCAAUGUAUCUAAAGAUCAUGAGUGGAAUGCAAGGGUUUAUCGCCAAGAUUGGUUCAAAGAAUCACGCCAAGGUUUCAAAGAGUCAAAUCUGGCAAGCCAAUGUACUCAUAGGUACAAGAUUUACAUUGAAGGAAGAUCAUGGUCAGUAAGUGAGAAGUAUAUCCUCGCAUGCGAUUCACCGACAUUGUUUGUUAGCACUCGUUAUCAUGACUUCUUCACUAGAGGCUUGAUACCCGGGAAGCAUUUCUGGCCUAUUCCGUCUAACGACAAGUGUAGAUCGAUCAAGUUUGCUGUUGACUGGGGCAACAGCCAUCAAAAAGAGGCACAAGAAUUGGGGAAGACAUCAAGCGGCUUCAUGCAAGAACAAUUGAGCAUGGACUAUGUAUAUGACUUCAUGUUGCACUUGUUAACAGAAUACUCAAAGCUUUUGAAGUACAAGCCUGUUGUGCCUCCCACUGCUGUUGAGUAUUGCAUGGAGAGCAUGGCUUGCACUAGACAAGGAUUAGAGAAGCAAUUCAUGUUAGAUUCAAUGGUUAAGUCUCCUAGUGAUAGAGGACCAUGUGCUAUGCCUCCCCCUUAUGAUCCUGGUCAGCUGCAAGACUUUUUAACAAUGAAGGCUAAUGCUACAAAGAAAAUAGAAGAGUUGCAGAAAAAUUCAUUGCAACAUUAAAAUAGUAAUUGUAUAUAUGCUUUCCUUUUUUUUUUUUUAAAAAAAAUAUAUAUAUAUAUAUAAUUAGUUCUCGGAGUAGUUUCAACUUUCAACAGCUGAAAGAAAGAUGAAACUUUGCUUUGAAGUGAGGGAUAAAUGAUUUGAAAUUUAUUUGUAUGUUUACUUUAAGACAAAGAGACAAAUACUUGGGCUCCUUUUUUAU